AUGGGUGGUCUCGUUGCUUAUGCCAGCAGUGACGAGGAUGACGAUGUUGAAGAUGUUUGGGUUUCCGAGAAACCCACUCCUUCCAAUGAUCAAAGAGGCCCAGAUGAUGUUAAGCCCACGCCAGCACCAUCUGCUGCCGCCGCCACCGCACCUCCACCAACCGAGCCUCAAUUAUCAACAGAAGCCGUGACAAUAGGUCCAGUCCAACAACACUCAAUCCCCCUAGGCCCGUCCCUGCCCCCAAUGGAAGCUCAACCAGACGCCUCCCAACCAGGCGUCGACCCAUCUCAACCCCCAGCCUCGCCAUACACCGCCACCCGCGCACUCCUCCGAGACCUAACCUUCCCCCCUAUGCCCAACUUCGACAUCCCCCCCUCGCCCCCAGGCUCUCCUCCCCCCGCCCUCAGCGCCAAAUUCACCCAGUUCCUCGACCUGAAGAAGAAGGGCGUGCACUUCAACGCCAAGCUCGCGCAGUCCGCCGCCCUCCGCAACCCGAGCUUGACGGACAAGCUCAUGUCCUUCGUCGACCUCGAAGGCCGCGCGGGCUAUGCCACGACUCUACCGCCCGAUCUGGGCUGGGACCCAACGUCGGAGGACCUCCUGCCGGCCUGGGCGGGCAGAGCGGCGCUGCGGCAGAGCCAGGAUAAGGUGCGCAACGCGGGGCUGAGGAAGGGUGGUGGGCCUGUUGAGUUCGUGCCGGCUGCCGCCGGCGUCGGGGCCGAUGCCGCUGGUUUGGCGGAGCCUGCGUCGCCUGCCACUGGGGUCGAGCAGGGGAGCAUCGUCUCGCGCGGCGGGAAGAGGAAGGCGGGUGUGCUGUGA